AUGGGGGCGUCAAGUCGAACAACCAGGACCGGGGAUCACGUCAGGGUCACCAGUUGUGGCUUUUCUCGCGGCCAGCGGGCUCGCCACGAGAUCGUCCGGGCAAUCCCCGCGCCGAACGGAAACUUUCUGGAAGCCCUGGAAAGGAGUGGAGCAGAGGCAUUCCGGCUGAUCUUGGUUGGAAAAUCCGAAGGAGGGAAGAGUGCCACAGGCAACACCAUCCUCGGCCGGAGAGAGUUUGAGUCCAUCUUGACAGCAAAGACCACCACCCUGAAGUGCCAAAGGGGGCAGGGUAGCUGGCAGGGCACAAUGGUCUCCGUGGUUGACACGCCUGCCAUGUUUGAUUCUGAAAACUACAAUGAGAUAGUGCGACGUGAGGUCAUGGCUUGCAUCGAACUCUCCCAGCCCGGCCCGCAUGCCCUCAUUUUGGCAACCCAGAUGGGACGGUUCACUGCGGAAGAUGUGACCGCUGCAAAAUGUGUCUGGGAUAUCUUUGGGGCUGAGUCCACCAGGCACACGAUUGUCCUGUUCACCUGCGUGGAGGAUUUGGGUGGGGACCCCUUGCAGGAGUAUAUCCAAAAGUCCGACAACAGGAAUCUGCGGGACCUGAUCCAGCAGUGCGGGAAUCGCUUCUGCGGGUUCAACAACAAGGCAUCAGGAGCCGAGCAGGAGAGGCAGGUCUCAGAACUGAUGGAGAUGAUGCAGAGAACCGUUUUGGAGAGCGGGGGGAGAUACUAUCACAACCAGCUGUACUUGGAGCCCAACUUAUGUGAUGAACACAUCAAGGUGUUCAUAGAUCGGAACAAAACAUCCCAGAGAAAAUUGGAAAGAAUGAAACCGAAAGAGCGGAGUAAGGAGCACUGGGAGCGCGCCUCGUUUCUUCAGGUUGCUCGGUCAAGCCAGGAGAGAGGCAACGAGGCAUCCGACCGGCUCUCCCCCGAUGUAGGUUGGGUUGCCGCAGCGUCUGGAGCUUUCGCGGGCAUCUGA